AUGCCCGAACCAGCGUUGUGCCGCUGCGGCGCGCGUAGCACCUCGUCCCAGCCGUUCAGCGCGACAGAAGCGCAUCCCUUUUCCGCGUCCACCCCAUACAUUCCACCCGAAAUCCUCGCAAGCAUUUGCGCAUACCUUCCCGACGCCGAGCUUCGCAGCGUUCGACUCGCUAGCAGGGCUUGCGCCGGUAUUGCGGCGAAAUACCUCUUUCACGCGAUUAAAUUUCACGCUAGUAACGCGAGCUACGAUCGGCUGGUUUCCAUCGCGAAGAAUGAGCGGCUUAGGAGAUGCGUUAAGAGCAUUUUUUGGGAUACAAAUCUCUGGGAUUUAGGAGUACACAGUUUUCAGGAAUGGUUGGACUACAUACAUUGCGGCGGCGAGUUCCUCAGAAAGCACUGGUCCCACGAGACUCUGGAAGAGAUGGAGCAAGCGCUUCCCAAACCGAAUACCACGGAACAAACUGAGCUCGAUUCAUGGGAACGACGGUGCGAUAACUUCUACUACCCGGUGCUAGAAAUUAAGAUCGCUACCUCUUAUCGUCGAUACGUGGACCAAAGAGAAGACGAGGAGGAUAUGUUGCUAUCCGGCCGGCUGCAGCCAGAAAACUUGCGAGUCAUUCUCCGGGACUUCACAGCUCUGCGGGCGAUAGGAAUCAUCAAUGGUUGCCUUCGAUUUCGGAAUGGCGAUAUUUACGUCCAUUCGGAGCGGGGAUUAUGGAGGGGCAUGAGGAGGCACCGCAAAGACCUUCCAGACAGUUUCUUCGACAUCCUGUCCUUUCAAGCAGCCCUUCUUGCCGCACCGGAUCUUCGCGCAAUCGAGGCACAUGAAAUAGAUUGGCGAGCAUUCCAACCGGAUCACUACUUCUCUGGCCUGGACCAUGUCGUUGCGGACAGCCUUACUAGCCUUCAUCUGACGUUCGCAUUAUUCGUGGAAGAGGAGCAGGAUAAUGCCAUCGACGAAUGCGACGCAGCACUUUCAAAGGGACUGUUGAAGCGAUUCCUCACCAAAUUCGCGAGUCUUCGUACCUUGUACCUUGACCUAAACUGCCGGGGGAACCCACCACACAACAACGCUCCGGGCGAGGUGCGCCAUAUCUUCCCUCCCCAUCGAGCCUGGCCACGUCUCGAGAAUCUCACCCUCAAACACGUUGACUCUACGGAGCAGGACAUGAUUCAAUUGCUCAGCAACCACGCCUGCUCACUGAAACAGCUGCAUCUUCAAGACAUCUAUCUCGAUCCGAAGGGUUCCUGGAUUAACAUCGUUACGACUAUCCAACCUCUCCUCACACUCGACUCGGCUAGCUUCUCUGGUGAUAUUUACAACCAAUUGGGUAUGACUGAGGGCGUGGAUACGCAUGACGACUGGGAUGGGUGGAACAUGAAUGAUAGCAAAUUAGCCAAAGCCUUGAGCGAUUAUCUGGUCCAUGGCGGGGACUGUCCAAUCAAGCACAACAAUCAAGCGGGUGUCAUCAAAGGAGUCGUACAGCCCAUCCCGGAGUAG